AUGGAGGGGGACACGCUGCCCGCCGACCAAGGCCCAUCCGCCGCCAAGAUGAGCCGGAGUGACCCAGGCAGGAUUUUGCACUGCAAGUCGCGUCUCGACCGCUUCGCCUCGAUCGAGCCUUCGCUAUUUACUGACGUAGAGGCUCGACACUUUACGUUCCACCCUGGCCAGCCUUUCCCUUUCCAGAUGCAACGCCAGCUAAACCACCGCUACCACCAUCAGAGGUUCCCCGCCGAGGGCAGGCCCAGUUCCAGGGUCCCGACAUCCACCUCCGCGGAGGUAACGGGCGGCGUCGCUUUUGACACCCGACAACGGCGCGCCAUCAUCGGCGUGGCAGAGUCCACACACUCCGCUGUACGACAGAAGCAAGAAUCGCCAGACUGCACCUUUGGGAUCACUUCAGAGAACCGACUCAUCUUGGACGCCUUUGCCAAGGAGUGCAGUCGAGUCCUCAGCCUACUUAACAACGGACGGCUGCUCGAACCCUCGUCAUCCUUCCCCUCCACGAUCAAGACUGAGGACGGUUCUGGCACCAGUCGUUGCUCCAAGCCCGAGGAGAGCUCCUCCUCAUCGUCCAUUGAGCUAGAGGAGGAAGCGCAACAAAGCCAUUUGAACCAACAAAAGACCUCGGCUGUUCUGCGCAUUUUCACAGACUCCCUGCAUAACUAUCUGCUCUCAGGGCAGAAGCAACAACCUUGUCCGGUUUUGGGCUCAGAUGAUGAGCGCUGCCGCUCGGCGGAUCCCGGUUCUGAGGUCUCACCGCCGAGGCGCACCCUAGUGGGCUGGGGCUCUCCGACGCCGUCCGACUCAUAUGGACACCCUUCGUCCACGCUGCCAGAAGAUGAGGAAGAGGAAGAGAGCUGCUGCCCGCGUUGCUUGGAGCUGGAGCAAGAAGUUCUGUCGCUGCAGCAGGAGAACGAGGAGCUCCGCAACAAGCUGGAAGCCGUCCCAGUACCCUGUCAAAAUGUUCUUGAAUACUUCAAGAAUGUCGUCGAGUUUCACAACCAACUAGUGCCACCCAUACCAGAGGAGCCACUCACUGAGGAGGAAGAACAGCAGACAGUCUUUGAGGGAAGCAAGCAGCUGUUGGAAAACUACCCUCUCUUCAUCACCAAUAAGCAGUGGGAUGAAGCGGUCAACUCUUCCAAGAAAGACGGUCGACGGCUACUGCGUUACUUGAUCCGCUUCGUCUUCACCACCGACGAGCUGAAGUUCUCAUGUGGCCUGGGCAAACGCAAGCGCUCGGUUCAUUUGAGGGAACAGGGCCUAGAGAGACGACCACUCAACCCCAUCAAAGUCAGCUGCCUCAGAGAGUUCAUCCGCAUGCACUGUGCCUCCAACCCAGAUUGGUGGAUGCCCUCCGAAGAGCAGAUCAACAAAGUUUUUAGUGAUGCCGUGGGCCACGCUCGGCAGGGCCGCGCCGUAGGCACCUUCCUCGGGGGCGGGGGAGGUGGUGGUAACCUCCUCUAUCUGGACGGCUUUGACGGACACCUGUCUCAAGACGAGCUCUAUUUGAAAGGCUGUCAAAAUGGCCAGCUGGACUGA